AUGGUCGCUAUUAGGUCUGUUAGCCCGUCGCUCCCGCUCCUAGUAAUACUCCUCCUCCUCAUAGCUUCCUCGUCCUCUCCCCACUCGCCUUGCUCAGCCACCCGCGCCGCUGCCAUCGGCGCGCAGUUGCCACCUGCCUCAGUUCCGCCCGUGACCAGGAACCGCGAUGCGAACAGUACCAGCGUCUACACUCUGCUGCCCCGCGCGUGGCACCCGCCGUUGAUCCUCUCCUUUACUCAUGAAGCAGUGCAGUCGCCGCGUCAGCGCCACGUUUUCGGGCGGAAGUCGGGGCGGCCCGUAGAAGUGGCGGAAGUUUUUUCGCAGUCUGCGGAUGGGCGGGCGCCGGAGUCAGCCGCGCGCGGGCGCUCCCUGGCGGCUUCCGCCGCCGCCAGCGGCGCCGACGAGGGCGAGUGCGACGUAGAGUGGAUGCUGCUGUGGCCGGCGCGACAGGGAUGCUGGCGGCCGCGCAUGACGGCGCAAGGCGGAACUUCCGCGCGCGUGACUUCCGCCGCCUCCUCCUCCGCGCACCGCCAAGCUACCACGCAAAGCCUGACUUCCGCAGGCGCAGUGAUCGCGCAGGCUUCCGCGCCUCCCCCUUCCCCUCCCGACGACCGGCCAGGCGACGGGGAUGGGGGGAGCACUCCGCCCGCGGGGAACGAGGCGCGGCUGACACCCGACAAUGAAAUUAUUGGCGUGUGCCGGUCCGGAGCCACCUCCACCAUCACCAUCGCCCCUGACUGGAACGGACAGACGUGGCGAGGCUGGGGCACUUCGCUGGCAUGGUUCGCCAACUACGUGGGCAAGCUGCCGGACGAGCAGUUUGAUCUCAUAAUGGAUUUACUCUUUGACAAGGACAAGGGCAUCGGGCUCAACCUCGCGCGCUACCUCAUAGGCGGCAGCGUCAACUACACCAACAGCCCCCAGUUCCUCACUGCCGCAUGGGAAACCCGCUCUAUCCCCGGCUUCCGCGUCCAGCCAAACGGGCCGUACGACUGGACGGCGGACGGGCGGCAGAGGCGGACGAUGCUCGCCGCCCUGGCGCGGAAUGUGGACGAGGUGGAGGCGGUUUCGUAUUCGCCGCCCUGGUGGAUGACCAUUAGCGGGGACACAGCCGGGACUGAAACGGGCAAGUGCAACUUAAAGCCCGAGUAUCUCCAGGCGUACACGGAGUAUCAAGCAUCGGUGAUCGAGCACUACCGCACGCACUGGAACAUCACCUUCUCGACCAUGAAUCCAGGGAAUGAGGCGCUGGAGGGGUGGUGGACGCAGGGCCACAAGAAUGAGGGGUGCAACUACGGCCCUGAGAAACUGGCCACUCUUAUCCAGCUCCUCACAGCGACCUUAAAGAGACGCAAGCUGCCGACGAAAGUCGCGGGAUUUGACAGUUUCGUCGGCGCGACGCUCCGAUACACCUACAAGUUCCCUGCUGCGGUGAAGGCCGGCCUGUUUCGGCUGAACGUGCAUGGGUACAUAAACCCGCCGCCAAACGGGACGGAUACGCGGCGGUACAUGGAAGGCGUGAUGGUGGGCAUGCACCGCAUGGCGACCGGGCUGGGGAAGGAGGUGUGGGUGUCGGAGGUGGGGCCGAUGUGGGUGACCGGGAAUGAUGUCGGUGUGAUGCUGUUCACGGCGCGGCAGAUCGUGGAGACUGUCAACAUCAUGGGGGCUUCGGCCUGGAUUUUCUGGCAGGCUGUGAGUGGGGUGGGAGGGAACAACCCAGACGCGUUUCUGAAAUGGGGGCUUUUGGCGGUCAGGAUUUACCGGCUGAACGACACGGAAGUUAAGCCGUUGGAUCUGGUGAUCUCCAAGAAGCUGUACAUGCUGCAGCAGUUUGUUCGCGGGGCGCCGCGGGGGAGCCUGCCUCUCCGGAUAGACACGUCGGACGGGUGCCAGCACUGCAUCGCGGCCUUCUUCCACCCCGACCAGCACUUUGUGUCGAUUUUCAUCGUCAACCAGCGCGACACAACACACACAGCGACAUUUCCACUCGAGGAUUUCGUGCCGUUUGACGCGGGGCAGGAGUGUGUGUUGGAGACGUAUCGCACGUCAGCGACGGAAAAUAACACGCUGGUGGCGACUCAAAGUUACACAGACGUGCCAGCUUCGAUACAGGUGGCGGCGCUGGGCAGCUCCAUGACUUCUGUGGUGCUGCGGAAUGUGGACCCCGCGUAG